AUGUCUGCGUCUUUGUCUGAGGCCAAGUCUGAGUCAAAGAGCCUGCAAGCUGCGAGGGUUCGCCUCAGCAAGCUGUUGGAGGACUUGAAGCUCCUGACAGCCGAGAUCGCUGGCCUGAAGGAUAACAGCUGGGGCAAAAAGCUAGGAGAGUUGGAGAACGCUGACAAGCAGUUGUCUGGCUUUUUGUCAGAGGUGAGGACGCAGCUGGCCGUUCCCUUUCCAACCGACAAGCAGCAGGAAGUGCCAGAUCUGCUUGCCCAGCUGAAGGAAUUGAAUGAGAAGGCAAGCAUGCACGAGAAAGCAGUGAAGCUGAUCUACAAAACAAGCAAGAGUUUGCUCUCCUGA